AUGUUGGCGUUUUCUGCAAGUACUAUCAGCACCGUGCCUGUUGCAGUGCCAGUGACGACAAGGGAUCAAUGCAAGAGCCAAAUUAAACAAACAGGAAAUGGUCCACUUGGGCUUGCCGCACAAUUAAAGGCAAUUGAUAGAAUAAAACCCUUCGUACAUUCAAAUAGAAAGCAAUCUGCUUCUAUUAUAUGUUCUGCUGCUAUGAAUGCAAGAUGCUCUGCUUCAGGGCAAACUCAAACUGUUCUCAAAGAGACACCUACAAUUACCAAGGCUCCUGUACGAGAACCAACCAAGACACCCCAACUCGAUGACGGAGGACCUGGACUCCCACCCCGUGAUGAUGGUGAUGGUGGUGGCGGUGGGGGUGGAGGAGGAGGAAACUGGUCUGGUGGAUUCUUCUUCUUUGGCUUUCUUGCUUUUCUAGGCUUCUUAAAAGAUAAAGAGAGCGAGGGAGACUACCGGGACAGCAGGAGAAGAUGA